AAAAAAGAGGAGCGAGAGAAAGAAAAAAAGGGGGAAAAAUCAGGAUCUCAUUACAAGAGCAACAGACCGUCUGCAGACGCCUGUCAGCAUGGAAAGUCGGGGGGUUUCGCCUGGUUCCUCCUAGAAAUUCCCCCCGAAGAAGGAUCUUGAAAGCUCCCCCACAUCUGGGUAUGGAGAGUGCAAUCACACUGUGGCAGUUCCUGUUGCAGUUGCUGCUGGACCAGAAACAUGAGCACUUGAUCUGCUGGACCUCGAAUGAUGGUGAAUUCAAGCUCCUCAAAGCAGAAGAAGUGGCCAAACUGUGGGGACUCCGAAAAAACAAAACAAAUAUGAACUAUGAUAAACUGAGCAGAGCCCUGCGAUACUAUUAUGACAAGAACAUCAUCAAGAAGGUGAUUGGGCAGAAGUUUGUGUACAAGUUUGUCUCUUUCCCAGAGAUACUGAAGAUGGAUCCGCAUGCGGUGGAGAUCAGCCGGGAGAGUCUUUUGCUGCAGGACAGAGACUGUAAGCUGCCCCCCGAGGUCCGCGAGGCACACAAACACAGCCUGUCGGCCCUCAAAAGCACGAGCCGCAAUGAAUACAUCCACUCAGGCCUGUACUCGUCCUUCACCAUCAACUCCCUACAGAACCCACCAGAUUCUUUCAAGGCAAUCAAGACAGAGAAGCUGGAGGAGCAGCCUGAAGGCAGCCCUCCUGUUGAAGAAGUCAGGACUGUCAUCAGGUUUGUGGCCAAUAAAACCAACAAGCAUGUCACCAGGCCUGUGGUGUCCCUGCCCUCCACGUCCGAGGCCGCAGCUGCGUCUGCUUACCUGGCCUCAUCCGUCUCAGCCAAGAUCUCCUCCUUAAUGUUGCCAAAUGCCGCCAGCAUUUCCUCUGCGUCACCUUCCUCAUCGAGGUCCCCAUCCCUGUCCCCCAACUCACCCCUCCCUUCUGAACACAGAAGCCUCUUCCUGGAGGCUGCCUGCCAUGACUCGGAUUCCCUGGAGCCCUUGAACCUGUCAUCAGGCUCCAAGACCAAGUCUCCGUCUCUCCCCCCAAAGGCCAAAAAACCCAAAGGCUUGGAAAUCUCUGCACCCCCACUGGUGCUCUCCGGCACCGACAUUGGCUCCAUUGCCCUCAACAGCCCAGCUCUGCCCUCGGGAUCCCUCACCCCAGCCUUCUUCACCGCACAGACACCAAAUGGAUUGCUUUUGACCCCGAGUCCACUGCUAUCCAGCAUACAUUUCUGGAGCAGUCUUAGUCCAGUUGCUCCGCUGAGUCCUGCCAGGCUGCAAGGGCCAAACACGCUGUUCCAGGUGAGCAUUUGGACAUGCACCCUUUUAAAUAAAGAACUUCUAAGGAUUAUUUACCCUGAUAAAUCCUGCAAAGUAACAGUGAGCCCUGUCUUAUAUUUGGCUAAAAUAUUAAGUUUCCAAAGGAAGUUCACUUUAAUGGGGUUUGCACACCCUUUAAGGGCAGAAAUUUUCAUUGAGGCAGAAAUGCCUUACUCAUGUCAGGUAAAUGGAACCAUUACCUAGUUCUUGAAGGGUUUUGGAUACUUCCAUUGACUAUGAAAACUGUAAAUUAAGGAAAAGGCAAAACUUUAAACAUUAUUUUUUAUAAAAGACUUUAAAAUAUUAACAUCACUUGAAAUAAAUUGAAAAAAAAAGUGAAUGAUUUCUUCAUACUGUGACAAAAAAGUAUCUGCAUAAGUCCAUGAGUCAUAUUCAAGUGCUCCUUGUUCCAUAAACCGGGAGCAUCUAGGAUAUUUCGUUAAAAAUAAUUCAGACUCAGCUGCUUUAUCUUGCAGAGCUCCCUGUGCUAGGUGAGCACAUUCAUUAUGCAUUCACACACUAGGAUCUUGCAGUAGCAUCACCUGCUACCAUAUGGAAAUCACUAUUUCCUCUUUGGAACCCAAAGAUUGUUACUCACUGACUAAGAUGCUACUGUCGGAGUAUUUGAGUGUCGGUGGAAAGGAUCCUAGGGACAGGAAUGAAGCAGGAUAAAUUGCAAACUCCUUAGCCCUUCACCAUCCAGUCUCUAGCCUUGUCUCUUCCACCCUGCAUACCACACCCCGCAGUGUGGCUCACCACAAGUCAGCUGAAGUUCUUUUGUUCCUGCUGUGUCUAGCACUCACCAUUUGAUAUUGUUAUUGUCUGUUCAUCUGGCAAUCUCUCCCCCACUGGACUGUGGAUCCCAAGAGACCAGAACUGCAUCUUAGUCAAUGUAGUUUCCCCAGUGUCUAGCACAUUUCUUGGCACAUUAAGUGAUGCUCAGUAGUUACUGUUGAUGAUUAAAUGAUGCCUAAGAAUUCCCAGAGAUGUCUAAGAAAGGUAAGUGUUAAAAAGAUCAGCUCUCCAUGCUUUUCUGAGCUGGUCACUUUGCUUGUCAAGGUUAGUAUUUGCUGAGUACCAACUCUGUGCUAGGAGCUCAGCAUGCUGGGAUUUAGGGUCUCCUUGGAAGAAGGGUGGAGGUAAAGAGGUUUUGAUUACUAUCUUGCUUCUCUAGUUUCCUAGUGAGGUUGGGGUAGGGUGUCAUGAUGUGACUAUAUCCCUGAAGUGAUUAGGUUUCUUUCUCUUACCUGGCCCAUGUUUUCAUCACAAGAAAUUGAGCUGUGGUCAUGAAUAGCCAACAGGUUGAUUCUUAACCGUUUUGUCUCAGGCAGGGAAACCAAAACUAGAAACAGACAGCAAAAAGCAGUGAGCAAAUGUAGUAUUGAGAAAGUUUUGGAUUAGGAAUACUUAUCUUUUGGUGGAGAGCUAAAAGGCUGCAUUUCCUGAAAGUCUCACCAUUGAAGCAGUAUUCUAGUAUUGGUCCCUAAGUGGCGCAAAUGGUUGAGCGCUGGACUAGUAACUGUAAAGGUUGGCAGUUCAAACCCACCUAGAGGUGCCUUGAAAGUAAGGUCUGGCGAUCCACUUCUGAACUAUCAGCCUUGCGGUCCUAUGAAGCGGUUCUACCCUGCAAACACGGGGUCACCAUGAAUCAGAAUUGAUUCGAUGGCAGCUAACAACAGCAGGUAGAGCAGGAAGGAGUUGUGUGUGGCAACAGUAAGCUCCAUGGGGGUAAGGACUGCAAUACCAACUCUAAUCCUAGAAUCUAACACAGGGCAUGAUGGAUAGUAGGGGUUCAGUAGAUAUUUGAAUAAUGAAUGGCCUCUCAUUUCGCUCCUUUCUGGGAAUUCUGCCAUCUGAUUGGUGGAGGGCUUGAUGAGAUUUGAGUGCUAUCAGUUGGGAGUUUUUUGGGUCCCCUUCCCUUAAAUAUUAACCUUUUCCAGAGUAUGAGUUGAGGAUUCGUCCCAGAAGUAACAAUGGUUCAUGUCCACAGUGAUUCCAAAUAUUAUCAGAAUCUUCUGGAGACCAACAGUUCUCAAAGUUACUGUGCAGUAGAAUCACCUGGAGGGUAUGUUAAAGUACAGAUGGCUGGGCUCCCCUCCCCCCAAGUUUCAGAAUGUUGUAUUUAAUUUGACAAAUUCAGAAGGUCUGAGAUGGGGCCUGAUAGUAGCAUUUCCUUUAGGUUUUUAGUGACUUUUAUUCAGACUUGAGGAAUAAGCAGGUACUGAAAAGUAGGAUGAGGCAAAGAUUAAUAAGUGAUUAAAAAAAACUGUCUAGGCACUACACACAUAACAGUUACUAAAAUAACUUGAAAAUUGCAAAAAUAUAUUUACUUGUUCUACAAAUAUUUAUUGUACUUCUAACAUGUGCCAACUUCUAGAGUUUGAUAUUUAAUGUUUGAGUGAAGUUUAAUAUUUAACUUGUCUGGACUAAAUAUGAAUUAAGCUGGAAGACAGCCCAGGAGAUCAUUAUGAUGCAUAUCAUACUAGACAAUGAAAAUCUAAUUGUGAGUAGUCAUGUACUAAAAGAAGGCCUUGAAUUAUUCUUGUUCAGUUGGGAGUAUCAUUGAUAGAUUUGUUUUCAGAUCUGAAACUUGCUAUCAAAGCAUAUAAUUUUAUCCUACUGUUUAUCAUCUUAAUCACAAAUAAUUUUAUUGUUCUAUUGAUGACUGAUCUAAUAAGUUUGACAUUAUUUAUCAGUUUAAUUAGAAAGAACACUUUCUCAGCUUCAAAAUAAAGGUAUUCUUGAUCUUUCAUCUUAAUCUUUCAAGAUGAAAACAUUCCUCACUUUUAACAGUUACUCAGAAACAUCUUUGUAGUAUUCUGGAAAACGGAUGGCAAAUUUCAAAAUUAGAAAUAACUGACUCGUGAAGAAUCAAUAUCUAUAGUUUUCAAAAUUAAUUUUUUUCUCAACAUUUAAGGCAAGUCAGCAUUCUAAGUAGCUUGGAACAUCUUUUUCUAUAGUAUUAGAACACGCUUUAGUGACAUAUAAAAUACAUAUUUUUUCUAGUAGCCUAUCCAUAUAAAGCAAUUAGGGACAUUUUCUGGGCCUUAUCCUGUUUGCUGCAUGUAAUCUUGGUCUUGCUGUCACCUUCUAUCUAAUUACACAUUCUGUAAAAUAGACUGGCAACUGGCCUCCAUCAGAGGGGUGAUGGGAGAACUUAUCUACUCUGGUCUGUCUAGGAAUGUGAAGAACCAAAUUCUUCCCAAUGGAAUUGCAGUAAUUAUUUUAAACUCUUUCAUCCUCUACAGUUCCCAACACUGCUGAAUGGCCACAUGCCAGUGCCAAUCCCCAGUCUGGACAGAGCUGCUUCUCCAGUACUGCUUUCUUCCAGCUCUCAGAAAUCCUGAUGAUGUCCAGCCGCAAUUAAGGACUCAUCAAUGGAAGAAACAAAUUUUUCCCCAUGGACUAGUUUACCUGUGUCAUGAGAAGGACAUUGUGAAACCCUCUGUUAAUAUGGUUUGCACUUUUCAUAACAUGGAUAGUCUAGAUUUAUGUUAGCAUUUUUAAAACUGUUUUUUAUAUUCAAGUAUAUAUGAAAAUCUGUUUUGCAUUAAAUGAAUUUUAAUUUUUUUUUUUUUAAUAUCCUCUUAGCUCUUAAGUGUUGAACACUGUUGACAGUGAAGAACUUUCUUAAUGGGUUUCAGUGUGACUAAUAAGGAUGUGAAGCUUGUUUUCCCUUUAAUUCUGCAUAUGCUGAACUGUGCUUACAGACACUAUAACCAGCUGUGCCUUCCUUCGCAGUUUUAUGUAAAUGAUUUAUAUAUUUUUUAGUAUUAAGAGAAUGUUUGAAAGACAAAAAAUUAGUAUCAAACAACUCUCUAGUAGAAUUUCAUUAUUUUUCAAAAGUAGGCAAUAUGAAAGCAUAUUCAUAUUACUUUUUCUUUUGUGCUUUCAAUUGUAUAAGAAUUGCCUUAGAACCUCUUUUGGACUGAAAUCCAGUAAAUGUAAUGUCCAAGUGAUGUUUUUAUAAGAACAAACUAAGCCAUAUUUAGACAAUAAACAUUCAUAAAAGUAAAUGUUCUAAAGUGCAUUUUUUUCAAAACUGAAUUUUGAAAGGCUAGCCUCCCAGCUGUUUACAGCAUCUUUUAUACUCCUCCUAAACAAAAACUUGAGAUGGAAAAGCUACAUCAAGUUCACUCUAUCCAUGCUCCUAGACUUUACUUGGUUAACGUGUUCUUAUUUUAAAUAACCAGCCCACGUGCCCCCAGGUUUCCAUAAAGAAUCACAUCCCUUUCAUAUAUUUACUGUGUCAAUAAAGGGGUUAGGUUUUCUCUAAACCCCUGGAACCAUGAUUAACAUUUAAAGAGCUAAUGCUUUAGAAGAGGCUCCAGACUGGUGAUGAAUACAAGCAAGCAAGAAACAGUUCUGUAACACUGACCACCAAUUUCGUAACACUGACUACCUCCAGGUGUACAGGUAUAGCCUUGCUUGUGGAAACUGAGAGGUAGGACACUUUGCUGUAUGUAUUUAUUACUAAAUUUAUGGUGGAGAUGAAGGAAACCUGAUAAAAGAAAAAGAAAAUUCUUUAGGAACCUCAUCAUUGUGGAAAUGAACUGGCUGAUUAUGUAACAAUUUGUAACACUGUGCAGUAAAUUCUUCUGUGUAGUGUAGUUUACAGCAUUGAUAAUAGAAACAUAUUUUCUCUUCCUUCAAAAAAUCAGCAGGUACCACUCUAUAGAAGAACCGUUCUGUACUCAAAGUAGGAAAGUUCUAACACAAGAUAAGAGAACUGGAAAGUGCCCAGUGCUUUAAAUUCAAGAUUAAACCAACCAGUUGCCAUUGAGUUGACUCUGACUCAUGGAAACCCCAUGUGUGUCAGAGUAGAACAAUGCUCCAUUGAAUUUUCAAAGUCUGAUUUUUCAGAAGUAGAUCGGUGGGCUUUUCUUCCGAGGCACUUCUGGGUAGAAUCAAAGUUCCAACCUUUCAGUUAGCAGCUGAGUGUGUUAACCAUCUGUACCAAUUAGGGAUUCUUAAAUUCAAGAUUAGGUUAAGUAUAAUCCUUAACUACAGGUAGUAGAAACCAAUGUGAAAUGUGGCUAAACAAUUAAUUGAAUUUUCACACUAAAAUUUUGUUAUAAUACUUGCAAAGUUUGAUAUUUUCAAUUGGAAGUGGGCAUCUGUGGGGGGGGGGCUAUGUGACCUUCACUGAGGGUAAAAAUCCAAACACUCUAAUAUGCGUCUUUGACUAUAAAGUAAUGGGGCUGGUUCCAACAUUCACAGACACUACUAUCACCCUCCUCAUAGGCUCAGGGUAAUUCUGUACUAAAAUGAAAGGAGCUGGUCCAAAACCAAACCAAACCCAUUGCCAUCGAGUUGAUUGACUCAUAGGAGCUGGUCCAGGGAACUGAUAUUCAGCAAACAUAAAAUAUUAGAGCUGGAAGGGGCCUUCGAGAAUACUUCCCACCACCUGUUUACAGAUGAGGACAGGUACACAGGAGAAGCGGCCACACAGUUAAUUGAAAAUAGAACAAGGAUUGGUGCUCAGUCUAGUUCUGUUUCUGAUGCCUAGCUAUAAUUAAGAUUGGCCCAGAACAGUACAUUAGGUAGAAAAACCAGAGCAAGAUACAGGAUUAAAAAAAAAUCUUUUUAUCAGAUAAAAGAACAUAUCUUAAAAUGUAAGAUUCUUUUACAGAAGCCAGAAAGUUAAUGCCUAAAAAUCUCAUCCAAAAAUAUUUUCAGUAUAAUUUUUAAAUGUAAAUGCUGACUGGAAAUAUUCAAAAGACUAUAAAUCUGAUUCUUGUUUUUUCUUUCUCCAAAUACUGAUUAAGUGUAUACUCUAGAUAUAUUAGAAAUGGAAAAAAUACCAUUUUUGAUGGAUAAAAAAAUUCACUAUAACCUACACAGAGAACUGGAGCUAUUGAAUUAUAACCCGGACAGCUUUACCCUAUUCUUUUUUUUUUUAAAUAGAAGUCUUUUAGUCAGAAAAUAGGUUCCAAAGAAUAUAUUAAAUAACUUUGUUUUUCUUUUUACAUGUCUACUUGAUCAGUGUUAAACUGCUAUGGCUAAAGUAUUAUAAAACUAUAAUCUGAACGUUGGUCUCUUUGUACACAUCUUUUCUAUGACUGCAAAUCUUCAUUCACUUUCAUAUAUGUAUCAUUUUUAUUGUUGUAUUAUUUUUGUUCAAUAAAUACUUUGUGAUAAAAGGCUUAA